AAUUUUUAUAACCGGUAAUAUUUCAGGAAGUGAUAACGUAGUGAUACAGAAACCAAAACAAUAAAAAGUAGAGCCCAGGGGAUAUUAUGUGACGACCAGCAUUUGGCUUAGGAGCUUCGACAUGCCAGGUAGGCGCUGUUGGCGAACGAGUUCAAGAUACCGCGUGUCAAGCAGAAGGCCCGUAUGAAGAUCCCUACAGUUGCUACAGUUGAGCGCCGGCCUGCUAUUUUGCCUUUUGUUCACGGACCAACGCCCCGACAUACAGGUGCAAGCCCUAGUUACUACAAAGCCAUGACGAGAACCCAGACUCUGAAGCAGCCCUGGAGCUGGAUCCAAGACAACUCAAGAACUGCAUCGAGGACGCUGCAUGUCAGGAGGGGCCGUGUUAGCUACAAUGUCUGCAAACUGCUGACGAGGCAACGCGACCACCCGACGGGACCCCUUCCUCAGGCUGCGAGGACCGAAACUCUGCCUAUUUGGCCGUAGACGCUCGCUCGAUUAACA